AUGUUAAAUCAGCUGACAGCUCAUAUAUUUGUGUGUAAGGCUUUCUUUCACAUCAUAUCAUUUUGCAAAAAUGGCUUGCCAUUAACAAAUGAGCAUUUGCUGGGUCUAGGUGCAGAGGAGGGCGCAGCCACAGAAGAAGGCACGGCUGCAGAAGAGGGUGCAGCGGCUGCACCAGAGGAAGGUGGAGUGCCGGCCGCAGAGGUGCCUGCAGGAGUGGAGCAGGAGGCAGCCCCAGCCCCUGCCCCUGCCGCAGACGCGACUCCGGCAGCAGAGCCGAGCUCUGAGGCAGGCGAUGGUCCAGAGGCGGCAGCUGCCACUCCACAGGAGGAGGACCAAAAGGCUGAAGGGGAGGCACCGCCAGCCUAG